GAAAUUGAAUGGCGGUUUUUUUUUCGAAAUUGUACUACAAUUUUAUAUGCAAUUACGAAAGACCAUCACCGGAAAAUUAAGAAGCACCUACUGCAGUUGUAGUUGUUAUUCGUGAUUUCUUCAAAAAUGAACGGCGCCAUCGAUAGCCAUUGGAUGGACUCCUUGCAAAACAACGUCGAAGAGCUUUACGAAACUGGUUUGACAGCGUUCGCGCGCCAAUUCGCAGGAGGCAGUGACGAUGAUGUUGUUGAUGGGAAACAAGAAAGGCGGUUGUAUACUGGUGGAAGUGCCAGCACGACCUCCGAGCGGCUGCAUGAGAGGAAACAAGAAGAACGGGGCGGAGGUAUUAUACCGGAGGGAGGCGGGGGAGGAAGAACCUCGCCCACCACAAAGAUCCGCCCGGCGAGCUUCUACUACGUGAACGAAGAGGAUGAGGAUGAGUCUUUCAACGCAGAGAUUGGAGAGGACGAGCAGCUAGGUGGGGAGAAAAACAAAAACAGCCGCGCAACUACAAGAAAUCGUGAACAUCAUCAUGCUGGUGCAGCUUCUUAUCAAGCGCGUCGUGGCGCUGCAAAUGGUGCGAACCAGCUUCUCCACCAGGUGAGCACCUCGGUGCACCAAAACUUCAAGUACGCGAGAAAAAAUUUCAAGAGAUUCGAGCACAACCACGUGCCCAACCUGCGGCCCGUGGUGAGUAGGCUGUGGACGGAAAAUUUCUAUGAACUGCAAAAGUAUCGUACUCGUAUAAUGGCAUUACAAAUUUUCCCAGUAUGAGAAAUAAAAUUUGUAAUGCUGAUUUACCUCAACAAAAAGAUUUGUAAUGCAUGAUUGCAAUAGAUACGAGUACGAUACUUUUGCACAGGAUAAUUUCUUGCCUGUGGUGCAGCAGCUUGGAGAGUUGGCGACGAAUACUAGGGGUGGGCGAGGAAACGCGACCACGUAUCCAGGAAAAAAACUGUGUAAGUGUAAGUUUCUUGGAGGAAUAGCAUCACAAGUUUGCUCUGCAUGACACAGAAAACCUGUCAUGCGUACCUAGUACGUGAAAACACGCACGAAAAUUGCCUCUGAUGCAUGUCCAGCAUGACAAGUUUAACAGUUUUGCAUUUUCUGCAACACAAAGUGACACUUACACAGUUUUUUUCUUUUGAUACCACGACGGACGGCUCCAGUAGAAGUUGUACUCCUGGUCGUACGCAGCCGCAGGUGCCGCACAAGAGCACAAGUACAAGAAACAAAAGCAACAAUAUUAAACACCCUCAAAUUAUGAAUGGCGUUGUGCAACAAGAAGCGGACGACUUUUCAAAGCACCAGAAUGUUGAUGUCUUCAACGCUGCUAGUUGUAGUUCUUCUAGUACUUCGCCAUCAAAGAUAUUAGAGAGCAGCCCGGGAAGUCAUCUGCAGCAGCUCUAUGGCGCUCUCAAACGUUCUUACAUUCUCAACUGUUACAUGAAUUUGCGAUGCAAGAGCCUUAACAGUCACAGGUGCAAGCUUGCUGCUAUCGCAUCACAGAUUUGGCACGGACUUAGAUUCUGUGUAGCUCUUCGGAGAUUAGUCACGCGAAGCAGCUUGAUCAUCUACCGGUGCCGGCUCAAGGUCGUACUUUUGCACGACAAAUUCAUGCAAGAACUACAGUUGAGAGUGUAACGCUUGACCACGCCACAACCUCCCCACCUUCCGUAUAGACCCUGGGGAAAUUCCGAUGCAGAUGGAGAAUUUUCGGGGUUUCGAGGUGCCCACCUUCCUUUCGAGCACAAGAACAACGAGUAGCAGAAAGCGGAACGAGAGGGCGCAAGAUAACUUUCAUUUCGAUUUCAGCACAACCAGGAAUGAAAAUGAAAUAUUAAACUACGCAAGAACUAGAACUACUACUUCUACUGCUCCGCAGCACUAUGUUUCGUCUCCGCAGGUGGCACACGACGGUGGGUUCGUGCACGACGAGCAGCACCUUGUGGCCCUACAGCACGAUCGACGCGAGGCUGCUGGUUGUGGUCCACCUGGUGCGCAGUUGUUUUCGCGCACGAGUAAGGGAAGCAGCAUUUUCUUGCGAGAGCAGGAUCUAGAUCAGGAUAUUGCAGCACACGAGGAGCGGCAGUUGCGGGGGACGAUGUUGACAUCAGCAAGAAUGUCAAAGGAUUACGAGAUAAAUCCGUUGUUCUCGCGGACCAGCUAUGCAUUGCAAAAGUAUCGUACUAGUACUAUAAAUCGCAUGACAAAUUAGCCCAGCAUGACAAACGGAAUUUGUCAUGCUGAUUUGGCUUGGAAGCGAGAUUUGUAAUGCAUGACUGCGAUUAGUACGACUACGAGUACGAUACUUUUGCACAGGAUACGAGCAAGGGAAGCUCGCUCGCGGAGGAGGUCCAAGAACUGUACAGCUACACGAGGACGUAUGGGAGUGUCAGGUUUGAAAUCGACAAAGUUGAAAUAAAACUUGUAAUGCAUAAAAUCGAUAGCAGUUGGAAGCUGAAUUUUCAAUCGGCGCAUGACAAAUUUGGGCCACGUCUAAAUCCAGUUUGUCAUGCUGUUUUGGGACAGAAGGCGUCUUUUGUCGUGCUACUUCAGCAGCUCUACCGCAGACCCCAAACAGGCUGACAGUCGGCCUCACUUGCCGUCCCUGCAAGAGAGGCGCUUCAUGCCUUGCAAUUUUUGCAUGACAAAUUAUUUCGGUGCCAGCCCUUACAGGUUGUGUAGUGGUUUCGGCAGGUUUAGCAUGAGAAAUUAUUUCAACUUUGACGAUUUCAAUCCUGACGCCUCCAUAGGACGUCGGGGGCUGGAGCCGCAGACGGAGAGAACCCAAGUCUUGGUGCGCCGCCGAUUCACUUCAACAUCGCUUCUUCGGUCGACGAAGAAGUCGUGUGCAACCACGAGCAAAAAGAAAAACCGAAAAGACUUGGCCGUCCGGCCGCGGAAGUUGAUGCUGAGGCUGUUGUAGAUCUUGGCGGUGAAGAACAAGAAUCUUCCAGUAAAGAUUCCUCCUGGUUGAAAUUGAAAAUGUAAGUUAAAGUUUGAAUCAAAAGAUUUUUCCAGAUUCCUGAUCCGAAAGAGAAGAGGUAGAGGAACAGCAGCUCUUUUGGAUUGCCUAGUUGAACUACUUUCUUGGUUCGCGGCUCUGCGAAGUUGUUCUUGCAACACCUCCACCACGCGGAGAAAAAACAAAAAGUAAAACAGAAAAUAAUGCAAACCUCUGCAGCUGCAAGUAGAUGUAGAACUUGUUCAUGCGCAAAGUAGUAGCUAGCCAUGUUAGAUUCAAAUGAGCCCGUUGUGGUGCUCGUGCCCCUAGCCCUAGCUUCAAUGAUUUUUCUUUUGUACCACCUGCUUGCU